CUAAAAUAGAUUUAAUAAUAUAUAAUGAACUUUCAGCAGAAUUUCCAUCCAGAUUUGUGUGAGAUCAAUGACCCAGAUUACCUCUACCCCGGAAACAUAUUUUUCCAAGUCUCAAGAGAGAACUUCCAAAUUGAUUUCAAAGACUUAAGUCUGGCUUGUACAGAUUUGCCUGUAUGAAACAGAGAACAAAGCACCUUGUACAGCAAGCUUUAUGAGGACUCAGCUUUCUCUGAUAAAGGAGCUGAGGUCUCUGAUAAGGUACUAGGAAAUGAAGAUAUCAAAGAUGAUUUAGUAGAGAUACAAGACACAGCAAAAGAAAACCACACAGAAGAACAAAAAGAAGCUUCUAGUCAUAAGGAACAUUGCUAUCAGCAGAAGGUCAUUCAAAAAGACACUGAUGAAGAUAAUCAGAAUGAAAGAAAUAUUGAACACAUUCAGGAAGAACGUCAACUUUCUAAAACUUCUUCUAGAGAUCAUAAUUUUGAAGCUAUGAAUUUUCAGAGAAAAGAUUUGACAUAUAAGGGAGGAAUCAGACUCCUAAGAAGGUUUUACAAAAAGAACUUCAAGGACAAGAAUGCUGACAUAGUCAGAAGAAGGUUUAGAAAUUGAUCCUUAGAAGAUAUCUUUGUUAGAGUCCAAGCCAUGCUAGUAGACUUGAUCCCUACAGAGGAAAUUACCCAAGAACUUGUAUACUAUACAAUGGGAAUCAUUGAUCUUAAGAAGGCUUCUGAAUUACCUUGCCGUAAAUUUAUCAAGACUCAAAUUACAACAUUCCAGAACUUGAGAAAAAAGUUCUCGAACAAAAGAUUCAGUAGAGCUAUAAUUUGCAAGAACCUCAGAACUUUGGCUUGAUGCCUUCUCCAAGAGCUUGACGACCCCAGAGUUGAUAUUUUUAGAGAAGAAUUGAUAUAAGUCAUAAUCCAGCUUCUUACGAAGGCCAGAAUUCACUUGAUUUCGAGCUGCAGAGGUUCCAAAUUAUUCAGUAAUGAAUUGUCAUCUUGGUUCCAAACCAAUGAUUGGCUGACAAAUUCCUGGCUUCCUUCAUAAUGAAGUGAUUCAAUAACUUUAUCGUAAAAUCUUU